GUUCGUUUGAAAUUAGAAAGGAGAUGAAAAUGGCGUACUGAAACUCAGCCUCUCUUACCACUCGCACAAAGCACCAGAGAGCCAUGGCCAUGGUUGUAGACACGAAGACUGAGUUUGGUUUCCCUUACUGGACCUCUGUUCUGCGUCGUUUUGGUCCUGAUUCUUCUUUCUUUGCCUCUGGAAAUAUCGAGCGAGAGCUUCUUGCUAAACAGGUUGCAUUAGAUAUAAGUGAAGAUGAAAAAAACCAGCUUCAGAAUAUGAUAGUGGAGGAGAGCAGGGAGGUAUUUUGUCCUAUAGUCGGUUGUGGGGCAAGAUUGAGUUCAUUGGAUAACUUCGAGGAUCACUAUAAUGCACGACAUUCUGCAUCUUGUUCGGUGUGCUCCAGGGUCUACCCUACUUCGCGGCUGCUUAGCAUGCAUGUAUCUGAAGCACAUGAUUCUUUCUUUCAAGCAAAAGUUGCCCGUGGUUAUGCAAUGGUAUGAUCACUUAUUACCCUUUUAUACUGGAUUGUUUAGUCAUUUUACAUUUUUAUAUGAUCUGCUACUUUGUUUUCCUGAUUGUUAGGUUUUCUUUCUUUUUCAGUCAAUACUAAAUAUUCUUUUGUUGUGUUUGACUCAAUUCUCAUUCAGAUUUUAGUUAAUAAUUUAUAUAAGCAAAAUACAGAUUUUAGUGAUUGAGCUACUAUCACUUCUCUAUGGAAGUACUGGACAGUGAGAUUUCACCCUCAACUUUAAUGGUAGAAAUUAAAUUUUCACCAUUAAAGAAUUCAAAGUGAGAUUUCACUGAAG